ACAGCAUUCUUCUUCUUCCUACGGGCAAAUCUCGUCGUCAACCCUUCAGCAAUAUCAACACCGGAUAUGGCACCUGCACCGUCAAGUGCGCUUCCGCCGCCUUCGCCGUCACUACUUGUCACGGUUGACCCGCCUACCAACCCAAUACCGCAAGAUCUGCCCCCGCUAUCUGUCGGCAUUAUAGACGGCGAAACCAACAAGCUAGAUGCGCUGAAUCUAGUAACAGACUCAAUAGCCCAGCAGCGACAGUCAUCUUCGUACCAUUUAAUUUUCCACCCGUACUUGCUGGCUAUUUUGGCCGUGGGCCUCAGUAUCGCUUAUCAGUAUUCCUGGCGCAUAAAACGGGACGUCGGCACGGCGCUGAUGUUGCAUUCCGGGGUGAUUAUGACAUAUUUAAUGGCCAUUCGGUAUUUCACGGGCCAGUACAUACAAGUAGCCGAGAGCAUGAAAUGGAGUUGGAUGGUAUCCGAGGAUGGCGAGGAGGACACCGUCAUCGGCGUGCGAUUUGGGAAUGAUCUGAUUGGUGCUCUGGUAUUACGACUCGAGCCAAAUCUGAGUCUAGCUGGGAAGAAGCGGAACCGAAAUUCGGUGCUUAAAGGUGGGAAAGGCGUGAUCCGAGCCUGGACGGUCAAGUUGAAGUAUCGACACAAGGGUGUCGGUUCCGAUAUGCUCCACGAAGCCGUCAAAGUAACGAGGGAAAGGUGCGGCAAGGACGCCGAGGUUGGAUUCGCGAAGGAACACGCUAACAGCACUACGGUACUGCCCGAAGCUUUCAAUGGGCCGUUUAGAAAAGAGGAACAAAGAGCCGCAAAGGCUUUAGAAAAAGUUCUAAACGAAUGGGAAGGCAGUAAGCGAAGACGAAAACUAUAGGUUAGAGGCUCGUAGGAACGGUCAAUUGGCGUUUGGCGGUUAUGUGGUUAUCUGGUUACAAUAUACCCCCGUUCGUUUAGAGUAGCUCUGCCUUAUAGAUAGGUAAUCAAUCGUUUCUUCUGGAGGCUUUCUUUCAGACUUGAAUUCUAUGUUCUGGGUAACCGUGUAAUGUCACAGCGCUGAUGUUCCAACUAGCUGCGUUCAAAGAGCAGAGAUAAAAGUAAAUCCAUAACCAUCCAUCCAUCCAUACACCAAUAGUCCCAAUCAGGCCGUUAAAAAAAAAAAAAAAAAAA